CCGGCUUCACCCCACCCCUGGCCACUCCGCAGCUCGAGCCGCCGCCCCGGGGCGCUCCCGAGGCCCCGCAGGAGGGACCAUGAAAGUGAGGUCGGCCACUGGCGAUGGAGAUGCGUUGUGUGUUACAGAAGAGGAGCUGGCCGGUGACGAUGAGGACAUGCCGACCUUCCCAUGCACACAAGAAGGCCGGCCGGGCCCCCGCUGCAGCCGCUGCCAGAAGAACCUGUCUUUACACACAUCGGUGCGGAUUCUUUACCUCUUCCUGGCCCUGCUCCUGGUGGCCGUGGCCGUGCUGGCCUCUCUGGUUUUCAGGAAAGUGGACUCUCUCUCAGAAGACAUCACCCUGGCCCAGGCCAUUUAUGACAAGAAACUUUUGUCUAUGCAGGAAAACCUCCAAGGACUGGAUCUGAAAGCCCCAUACAACUGUUCUUUCUGCCACGAGGCUGGGCAGCUGGAGCAAGAGAUCAGAAAACUGCAGGAGGAGCUGGAGGGAAUUCAGAAGAUGCUCCUGGCCCAGGAGGUACAGCUGGACCAGACGUCUCAGACCCACGAGCUGCUCUCUACCACCAGUAGUCAGAUCUCCCAGGAGAUGGGCAGCUGUUCCUUCUCCAUCCACCAGGUCAACCAGUCUCUGGGGCUCUUUCUUGCCCAGGUGAGAGGCUGGCAGGCCACUACGGCUGGCCUGGACCUCUCUUUGAAGGACCUCACCCAGGACUGCUAUGAUGUCAAGGCUACGGUCCACCAGAUCAACUUCACUGUGGGGCAGACCUCGGAGUGGAUCCAUGGGAUCCAGCGCAAGACUGACGAGGAGACCCUGACCCUCCAGAAGAUGGUUACCGACUGGCAGAACUACACCCGGCUCUUCGGCGGCCUGCGCACCAUCUCAGCCAAGACCGGAGAAGCAGUCAAGAACAUCCAGGCCACCCUGGGGGUCUCCUCGCAGCGCAUCAGCCAGAAUGCCGAGAGCACACACGACUUGGUGCUGCAGGUCAUGGGCCUGCAGCUGCAGCUGGAUAACAUCUCGUCCUUCCUGGACGACCACGAGGAGAACAUGCACGAUUUGCAGUACCACACCCGCUAUGCCCAGAACCGCACCAUGGAGAGGUUCGAGACGCUGGAAGGACGCAUGGCUUCGCAUGAGAUCGAGAUCAGCACCAUCUUCACCAACAUCAAUGCCACCGACAACCACGUGCACAGCAUGCUCAAGUACCUGGACGAUGUGCGGCUCUCCUGCACGCUGGGCUUCCACACGCACGCCGAGGAGCUCUACUACCUGAACAAGUCUGUCUCUCUCAUGCUGGGCACCACGGACCUGCUCCGGGAGCGUUUCAGCCUGCUCAGUGCACGGCUGGACUUCAACGUCCGCAACCUCUCCAUGAUCGUGGAGGAGAUGAAGGCUGUGGACACGCAGCACGGAGAAAUCCUUCGCAAUGUUACCAUCGUAAGAGGUGCCCCCGGCCCUCCAGGACCAAGAGGACUCAAAGGAGACAUGGGCAUGAAAGGACCCAUUGGCAGCAGAGGACCCAAAGGAGACCCUGGCAGCUUGGGCCCACCAGGACCCCAGGGUCCUCAGGGACAGCCUGGAGACAAAGGACCUGUGGGAGAAAGGGGUCCGGUUGGCCUUCGAGGUUUCCCAGGCCUCAAAGGCUCAAAGGGAAGCUUUGGAAAUGGAGGCCCAAGAGGACAGCCAGGCCCCAAGGGGGAUGUGGGGCCCCCCGGGUCAGAGGGGCCUCCAGGGUCUCCAGGGCCCCCCGGGCCUCAGGGAAAACCAGGGAUUGCUGGGAAGACAGGGUCGCCGGGCCAGCGGGGGCCCAUGGGGCUUAAGGGUGAACCAGGGAUCCAGGGGCCCCCAGGACUCCCAGGGCCCCCAGGCCCACCAGGAAGCCAGAGCCGCUACUAAAAGCCCCAGUCCCAGACACUGCUAGGCAGAAUGGGAGGAAGGGCCCCAGGGCAGAGCGAGCGGCCCAGAAAGCCACACCUACAGAUAGUGGUGGUAAUUUGAUCCCAAAGGGGCUUCCUCCC